GCCGAGCGAGCACAAGAACACAGUCGACCAGAUGACGAAGGCAUGUUGUAUAACGACGGCGAGUUUUGGCUCGGCGACGGCACCGUGAUCCUCGUAGCCGGGACUAUCGAGUUCCGCGUCUACAAGGGCCUCCUCGCGGCGUAUUCUCCGGUGUUGAAGGAUUUGUUUGCCAGGAAACAUCCGGUUCGUGACGUACCCUUAGGUGACGGGCAUGACAUCCCGUGUCCGGUCGUCCGUGUCUCCGAUUCCCCUGACGACUUGCGCCACCUGCUACGCGUAUGCAUUGCUGGACGAAUGCGGAGCUUGUACGACGCAAGGGAGCCCUCCUUCCAUGAGAUAUCGGCAUGCAUCCGUCUGGGAGAGAAGUACCAGAUCGCGGAGCUUGUCAGCCAGUCCCUGCACGUGCUCAGGCGGCACUUCCCCAGCGACUUCGACGUCUGGUACAAGCAGCCGAGCUGGAUGCCGCCCAACUGGGACGACGUCCAGGUGCUCGGCGUCGUCAACCUCGCGCGGCUCACCGGAGAGUCGUCUUUACUUCCCGCGGCGUUCAUCGCGUGCAUAUGGGCGGGGUCUGCGGUCGUACACGGGCUCGUCCGGGAAGACGGCUCGCGGGAGACGCUGUCUCCCGACGACCUCGCCGUCUGCUUCGACGCGACGAGCAGGAUCCACGAGGCGACGGUCGGCGUUAUCCUGCGCACAUUCCACCCUACGCCCUGCAAGGAGUGUGCUACACGGAAGGUGUGCAGGACCGCGCUCCGCGACGCCUUGCUCAGCCUCGAAGGGCACGUCCGGGUGCUCACGAACGGCGAUCCGUUCAUGCCGCAAGCGCAGUUCCUUCCCGAGGGGCAUGUUCUGGGGGUUUGUGCCCAGUGUGCCUCUAUGGUGCGCGAGCGGAAGUGGAAGGAGCGCAGGGGCGUGUGGGGAAAGCUGCCGGAACUACUGGGGAUCGAGGUCCCGGGGUGGAUCCAACCGAUACUAGAGCUUCCUCCGUCUCCGCCCAAGGGAGAAGAAGCAGCGUAAGAGGUAGGAAGACG